GCAGUCUCUGGUCAUCUCCUGCACUGUCUGCAGUCUCUGGUUAUUCCCUGCACUGUCUGCAGUCUCUGGUCAUCUGUACUUAUGUCUGCAGUCUCUGGUCAUCUCCUGUACUAUGUCCACAGUCUCUGGUCAUCUCCUGUACUAUGUCUGCAGUCUCUGGUCAUCUCCUGUACUAUGUCCGCAGUCUCUGGUCAUCUCCUGUACUAUGUCCGCAGUCUCUGGUCAUCUCCUGUACUAUGUCCGCAGUCUCUGGUCAUCUCCUGUACUAUGUCCGCAGUCUCUGGUCAUCUCCUGUAGUAUGUCUGCAGUCUCUG